UGGGUUGUGGUGGCAGAGCCCAGACUUUUAGCUGCGGGGGACUGAGAGGGUUUCGUUUUGAGAGAUACAUUAUGGAUCAAGAUGCGUGGAUUUUCGGCACGCGCGGCGCAGGUGGCGCAGGAAAGCACGCACGCACGGCCUAGAGGCGCGGAUCGUGGGAUCGGAUCGUGGGAUCAGGGAUCGUGAAGGUGCUGCCUGAAGUCGAAGGACUUGAAAAAAGUCCAGCACGUAAUCUGGCUGCUGUGUCACAAGAAAACUGUCGCCCGCUUCCAGCUAGGCAUCUUCUGCUCCAGCGUUUAGGACUGGGGGCGCGCGCGCUGCACUUUUCUCCCCGAGUUGCACUUUUUCCGGUUAGCCUUAAAAACAAAACAAAACCCGUGGAAAGCGAAGCACGAGUGUCGCUGGGCGUCCCAGGUAGCUGGAGCUUUCGAGCCUUCGCGGCGCCCCAUCCCUCCCCCGCCGCACCCAGCCUGGGCGCGAGAGGACAGAGCCAGAGCCCAAGCCGCGGGCGGCGGGCAGGCGGCGAAGAUGGCAGAGGCACCAGCCUCCCCGGUCCCGCUCUCUCCGCUCGAAGUGGAGCUGGACCCAGAGUUCGAGCCACAGAGUCGGCCACGCUCCUGUACGUGGCCCCUGCAGAGGCCGGAGCUGCAGGCGAGCCCGGCCAAGCCCUCGGGGGAGACGGCCGCAGACUCCAUGAUCCCCGAGGAGGACGACGAUGAAGACGACGAGGACGGCGGCGGCCGAGCCAGCUCGGCCAUGGUGAUCGGGGGCGGCGUGAGCGGCACGCUGGGCUCCGGGCUGCUCCUCGAGGAUUCAGCUAGGCUGCUGGCUCCGGGAGGGCAGGACCUCGGGUCCGGGCCAGCGUCUGCCACAGGCGCGCUGAGUGGGGGCACGCCGACACAGCUACAGCCUCAGCAGCCACUGCCACCGCUGCAGCCGGGGGCGGCUGGGGGUUCUGGGCAACCAAGGAAAUGCUCCUCGCGGCGGAAUGCCUGGGGGAACCUGUCCUAUGCGGACCUGAUCACCCGUGCCAUCGAGAGCUCCCCGGAUAAACGGCUCACUUUGUCCCAGAUCUACGAGUGGAUGGUGCGCUGUGUGCCCUACUUCAAGGAUAAGGGCGACAGCAACAGCUCUGCAGGCUGGAAGAACUCCAUCCGACACAACCUGUCCUUGCACAGCCGAUUCAUGCGAGUUCAGAAUGAAGGGACGGGCAAGAGCUCUUGGUGGAUCAUCAACCCCGACGGGGGAAAGAGCGGGAAGGCACCCCGUCGGCGGGCCGUCUCCAUGGACAACAGCAACAAGUACACCAAGAGCCGGGGCCGGGCCGCCAAGAAGAAGGCGGCCCUGCAGGCUGCCCCAGAGGCGGCAGAGGACAGCCCUUCUUCCCAGCUCUCCAAAUGGCCUGGCAGCCCCACAUCCCGCAGCAGCGACGAGCUGGAUGCGUGGACCGACUUCCGCUCACGCACCAAUUCCAACGCCAGCACCGUGAGCGGCCGCCUGUCCCCCAUCCUGGCAAGCACGGAGCUGGAUGACGUCCAGGACGACGAUGGACCCCUCUCGCCCAUGCUGUACAGCAGCUCUGCCAGCCUGUCGCCUUCUGUGAGCAAGCCAUGCAACGUGGAGCUCCCGCGGCUGACCGACAUGGCGGGCACCAUGAAUCUGAAUGACGGGCUGGCCGAGAACCUCAUGGACGACCUGCUAGAUAACAUCACGCUCCCGCCAUCCCAGCCGUCGCCUCCUGGCGGGCUCAUGCAGCGGAGCUCCAGCUUCCCUUACACCGCUAAGAGCUCUGGCCUGGGCUCUCCAACCAGCUCCUUCAACAGUACCGUCUUUGGACCUUCGUCUCUGAACUCCUUGCGCCAGUCGCCCAUGCAGACCAUUCAGGAGAACAGACCAGCCACCUUUUCUUCCGUGUCACACUAUGGCAACCAGACACUCCAAGACCUGCUCACUUCGGACUCACUCAGCCACAGUGAUGUCAUGAUGACCCAGUCAGACCCCUUGAUGUCUCAGGCUAGCACCGCUGUGUCUGCCCAGAAUGCCCGCCGGAAUGUGAUGCUUCGCAACGACCCAAUGAUGUCCUUUGCUGCCCAGCCUACCCAGGGGAGUUUGGUCACUCAGAACUUGCUCCACCACCAGCACCAAACCCAGGGCGCUCUUGGUGGCAGCCGUGCCUUGUCAAAUUCUGUCAGCAACAUGGGCCUGAGUGACUCCAGCAGCCCUGGCUCAGCCAAACACCAGCAGCAGUCUCCCGUCAGCCAGUCUAUGCAAACCCUCUCGGACUCCCUCUCAGGCUCCUCCCUGUAUUCAGCUAGUGCAAACCUUCCCGUCAUGGGCCACGAUAAGUUCCCCAGUGACUUGGACCUGGACAUGUUCAAUGGGAGCUUGGAAUGUGACAUGGAGUCCAUCAUCCGUAGUGAACUCAUGGAUGCUGACGGGUUGGAUUUUAACUUUGACUCCCUCAUCUCCACACAGAACGUUGUUGGUUUGAACGUGGGGAACUUCACUGGUGCUAAGCAGGCCUCAUCUCAAAGCUGGGUGCCAGGCUGAAGGAUCAUUGAGGAAAAGGGGAAAUGGGCAAAGCAGACCCUCAAACUGACCGAAGACCUACGGAGAAAACCCUUUGCCAAAUCUGCUCUCAGCAAGUGGACAGUGAUCCCGUUUACAGCUUGACACCUUUGUGACUCCCACGCCAUUUUCCUAACCCAGCAAGACUGUUAGCAGCCCUGGCCCUGGGUGAAGCCCUUACCCGUGGAACAGAACUCUAUAACGUAUGCAAAAAUCUAACUCAUCUGCAAGUGGCCUGCCAGCGUGGGCGGCACCCAUCUGCCAGCGUGGGCAGCACCCAUCAGCACCCUCCCUCCUUCAGAGCACACCAGGACCCCGUCGGCGAUUCUGUAGUGUUUUCCUAUCAUGAUGGUUUAGGGGGUAUUCUAAGUGUCGUUUUGUGUUUGUUUCCUUUGACCCUUUGAGUUUUUUAUGCACAGUAACCUGCAGUAUUUUUCUGUUGAAAAUGUCGACUGUCCUUUCCCUAGCACACUUCAAAGCAGAAGGAAGGUGUCCUAUCCGUUCCCAGUCUGGCCUUUAGCAUCACAAGCUCUUGAGCCUAUGGGACCCCACAAACUUAACACAUUGCAUAAACUAAUGGGGGGGGGGUGUCUUUCUUCUUUUGUUUGGUAGAAAAUUAUCCUUUUCUAAAAACUCAACAAUGGCACAACUGCUUGCCCUGCGUGCCCGUCCAGGACCGAACUAUGCGUAGGCAAAGCAAACAGAGUCAGGCAUCUGACCCAGGAAUCUCCAGUUCUUAGUCAGGGAGUGGUCUGUGGACGGGGACCCUGGUGCCCUCUCUCCAGCUGCCUGCUCAGCGGGGCUGUGGUCUCUCGCCAUUCUCAGAGGUAGGCAGAGGCUCUCUGCUCUUAGGAACUAGGUAGGGCCUCUUCAGCGAAGCGUCAGCUUAGCCUCUGCUCGUUGCCAAAUGCCACUAAUGGGUUUAGUUUUAAGGAGGAGAGAGAAGCGUGUGCCUGUUUUGCUUCAUAGAAGAUGUGGAGUUACAGGUGAGCCGUCGAGCAUGCGGUGAGCAGCUUGUGAGAUCGGCAGACCACGUCUGCACUAGCAGGCCCAGCAGCACUGUUUGUGAAACAUGCGUAUCUUUUUGAUUCUUUUCAACCUUGCUGUGUGUAUGCUGAUCUUCCUAGAAGUGUAUGAGUGACAGGCAAUAGCUUACAAGGUGAUAUAUAUAUAUAGGCUUAGUUUGUAAUUCUUCAGGUGAUUCAUGGGAAUACAAGAUAAGGCAAUUUAAACUUUUUUUAAAAUUUUUUCUGCUUCUGUGGAACUCAUUUUUGUUGUUGUUGUUGUUUCCAAAAAGUUCUGGUGCUGUACAGGUGCUUUCUGUGUAGCCUGCAGAGUGUGAGUGUAUUCGUUGCUCUCUUUGAUAGACUGCAUAGUUGGGAACACCUUUGGUACACACAAAACUGGUGUGGCAGUGCUCUGAUCAGCACAGCAUAUACAUACUUCUCCAAAGUGAUAUAUGGAGACUUUCUUCUUUGCAUAAAAAGCACUAGGCAUUUAAGUGUAUAAAAUAUUGUAUCAUGUACAGUACAAAGACGGAACUCUAUGCAUGUCAGGAAUGCGGGCUCAUGUCCCAGCAUAGGCCUCUCGGCUUGAGUUCUCACCAUUGCCUGCACUGUGGCCGUGGACACCAACCCAGGCGUGCCACCCAAUCCCCUGCCCUCAGCACCGGCCCCCUUGUGCACCUUUGCUUCCUAAGCAUUCUGGGGGUGAUGACAAUGGCUGUCACAGCCCCUAGCAUAGUGAGAGUUCCACUGGGUAUGGUCACAGGUCUCUCCUGCCUCCCUUGGAUUCUCGUGUUUGAGCGAUGGCCCUGUUGAUUCCACUCUGCCUUUUAUGGAAUCUCUACAUUAUCAUGCAAUUGUGGUCCUGGUAGGCCUGUGGCACAUUGCCUUUUCCAAACUGCUACGUAUUUAUAAUCUUCAUUUUUAAAGUCCAGUUUUGAAAAUGUAUAUAGGAGUCAUGUGACCUGCUGGCCAGAGAGCCCAUACUUGCUUAUCCAAUCCUUGAUGAUGAUGCUAGCGCGCCCUGACUCUUCAUCAUCAGCUGUCCGUGCAACCAUGUCAUUUUAGGCGGAGGGCUAGCUUCCUGGCUUCCCAGAGCGCUGCUUCCUUGGUGGGAUGUAUCAGGGUGGCAGCUGAAGGAGCAGAGAGAGCUCAGGUACAAGGGAGAGAACCCCAAGUGCUUCCAACAUGAGGGCCCUGAGCAUUCUCUGCUGAGUUUAAAGAGACGCAGACCAAUUCACAAGAUAGCAUCUCGGCUGUGCAGUUUUACAGGCAUUGGGAGUGGAAAGGGCGACCCUCCAGUGGAUCCCCCUAGUCUUAAAACUUGGAUUUCCUUUCACGCAUAACAGCUCGUUUAUCUUCUUUCUCAGCAUUUGUUGGGUUUCAGGCACCAAAUCUCACAGAGCAUCCUAGAACUAGAUUAUGAACUGAAGCGGAACAGGGAGGCAAGGCCACCCUAGCCACGUAGGAAAGCAGAGGCAAGGUGCUUUGAUUCACUUCACUGUAAAAAAAAUAAUCCAGAGUCCACACAUAGAACAGUGGAGGGCUGAGGCCUGCCAGGCCCCGGAGAGACUCAGGCGAGACUUGGACAGCAAUGCUCACCCUCAGAGUCCCCACACAGAGGUCAAGCUCUCUCAAGAAGCCCAGUUCUGUGUCAGUCAGACUCAACCGAGGUAUAGCCUGGGCCCUCUGGACCUUCUGUUGGGACCCUGAUUUCAGGGUAGCAACCAUUGGCCACCAAGUAGCAUUCUCAGUGUCUUAAGUCCCUAACAAGGAACUGGUCUGUUGAGACAUCUGAGCAGAUGGCCUCGUGGACCUUCCAGGCUUAGAACCAGCCCAUGGAGUCCUAAUGAGAAAGAAGUAUGCUGUGGGCCCUCCAGGGGAGCCCUGUAUACCUGUGACAGGAAUAUAGAGGGCAGAAGGCCCGUCGAAGACUGGCGUUCUUUUGGGCCGCACGGUUCUCUUCAGGCUCUAGAACCUGAUACCUUGUACCAAAGAUAGAGAAGAGCGUGGGGCAAGCCUUCACCGUCCGAGCACUGACUGGGCUCAGCAUACCCGGUUAACUGUGACCACAUUAGAGGUGUGUUCUCCAUUGUAUCCUCUGCAACAUAAUGAUGGCUGAAGCCCACGGAACUGUUUUCCUAUGUCUCCUGCUAACGGAGGAGCGUGCACCACGUGUAGCACAAAGCAGACAUUGUUUGGGGGUUGAUGAUUAGCAUCAGCCCGAGGAGAGGUACACCCUAUCUCAGGUGUGACUUUAGCCAAGUUGUAAACCCAUGUACAGGCUAAAGUUCACAGGACAGACAACUUUGCCUUUUCUUAAAGCGCUCCAUCCACUGAAUGAAGAAGCAGCAUUGGAAUCUCUUGGGAAGGGGCUUUAAGAGUAAGACAGAGAGAAAACAAAACUUCUGCCAUCCCCCGGAAUAAGGGAAAACAAAACGCUUGCUACUUACUCUCUAAAAACAAAGGAAAGGUGAUAAGAGACUGUUGUUUUUUCCUUUGGUGUAUUUGGGGAACAUCAUGAUUAGGCGGAAUAAUGUUCUCUUUUUUUUUUUCUUUUUCUUUUUUUAAUUAAAAAAGCAGACCUUUUGUAGAAAAGCAAUCACUGAUACAGAGGUACAAAGAAGCCGGUUCUGGGAAUGGUAGCAGCAGGGGGAACCGGGCAUGAGGUAAGAGAUGUCUUGUGGGAUCAUGUCUGUCAAACAGGACCUUAGAGAUGCAACUGACAGGAGUAAGUGGUAUUUGAACUAAAUCUCAAGUGUAUAGCAUACAGAUUAGAUGGAUGAAGUAUUUUCUCUUAUAUUUUAUUCAUUUGUAUUUUUCUUUCAUGAAUGAAUGAUUACAAGGCCUCUGCCACACUCCAGGAAUACUUGUGUGACUGCUUUAAAAAAAAAAAAGGGGGGGUGUGUGUGUCUGGUCACUUAUUUCUCUAAAAUUAUCUAUUGUCUGGCAAUCAGCCUUUUCUUGUAGACUUGUCCUAACACAUUAUGUACAUGGGAAAUAUGAACAGGUGUGACAGACCAGAAGAACUGGUGAAUAUUGAAAAAUGUCUUGUGCAUUUGGGCUUCACAUGUUUAACUUUUUUUUUUUUUUAAGAAAAAAAAGUUGCAUGAAUGAAACAACCUCUGUAUACAGUAUCUGUAAAAAUGGCCUGUUUUGAUUUCUUGCUUCUACCCCACACAAACUAGAGGUGAGUGUGGCGCGUGGCCAUAUUUAAACACCCAAGAAGCAGUUUGCCGUUCGAUCUGAAGCAGCUUGGCCUUCCAAGGCCAACACAGUUGUGCUGCACUCUGAGUACGGAGGACCUUGGCUAACCAUACGCUGCCAUGAAUUAGCUCUGCCACCUUUCUUCUCAAGGAUCAAAACCAGUUUGAUUUGGGAAUCUGCCCCUUCCCAGUGGAACGGAGGUGUGUACUUCCCAUGACGUUUGUAGAUAUUGCCUGUGUAUUCCAUUUAAAACCAUAAUCUAGUUUGUAAAAGAGAUGACGACGCAUGUAAAUAAAGCUUUGGUGACACUCUA